AUGGUUCAAGGCACAGACAUUGGAUACGCGAUAGCCUCGACUUUAAAGCUCAUCACAAAACAACUGGGAAUUCCAGACAUCCCCACGAUCCUUCUCACGGACUCGUAUUCCCUAUAUGAGUGCCUUGUUAAGCUCGGCACAACCAAAGAGAAGAGGCUCAUGAUAGAUAUCAUGGCUCUCCGACAGUCAUACGAGCGCCGCGAAGUCCAUGAAGUCAGAUGGAUCAACGGAGGAGAUAACCCGGCAGACGCGAUGACGAAAGCAUCGCCAAAUCACGCGUUGAGAACCCUUAUCGACAAGAAUAAGAUCGCGAUACGAGUGGAAGGCUGGGUAGAGAGGAAGAAGGACGAAAAGUGA